AUGGCGCUGGUGCAGGUGCCGAACUUGGAGGAGUUCUACCAAUUCAUCUCAGAGCGCCCGGGCGGCGUCUAUUUGGAGGACCUGGCACGAGCUGGUUGGCCUGACAAGACGCAAGCAACACAUCUUGCCAAUGCGCUGCUGACGCAGAGCCGCCUCGACAUCAUCACGGUGGGUGAGAAAAUCCUUCUCAAGGCAGUUGCUCCACAACUGGCGCUGAAACUAAGUCGCCUCGAAGCAACCACAAGGAGCGUCUACCAGCAGAUCGAGAAAGCCGGGGAUCGUGGCGCCUGGAGCAAAAGCCUCAAAGAUCAGACGAAGCUGCAGCAGCACACGAUCACCAAGGCAAUCAAGGAGUUGCUGAAGCAGCAGCUCAUAAAGGAAGUGAAGUCGGUCCAGAACCGGAACCGAAAGGUCUUCAUGCUCAUUGACCUAGAGCCUAGCCUGGAGGUCUCCGGAGGCACCUGGUACAAGGACGGCGAGUUCAACUACAGCUGGGUGGAGACUUUGCGGGAGUACUGCCUCACCUUCAUGGACAAGAACUACGGUCGCCCUGCAUCGCAAGCUGAGCUUCAUCGCUUUGUGAUGCAGCAUCCGGGUCCUCAAGUGCCUACGGAGGAGGAUAUCCUCUGCAUCAUGAAGACCCUGGAGUUGGAUGAGGAGGUUUCCUCCCUCGUCACCUCCGAUGGACAGCGGGUCUUUGUGCGCCGCCGGAAAGGUGGCUUUGACCAGCCCAUGGAUAUCUUCGCGGCCCGCUUGCCAAGCUUCUUGCGGCAGGCGGAAGGAGAGGGCCGCCUCGUGGUGCCGUGUCUCUGCUGCCCCCUUCGCAACGAGUGCAAGGCAGGGGGCCGCGUCUGCCCGGAGAAGUGCGAGUUUCUGACCAGGUGGCUGCAGCCUCCCGAGGACUCUGUCGGCAACGAGGAUGUCCUCAUGGACUGGUGA